CCCAGCCCCCAACAACAUCGCCAUCCUUGUCAUCGCCUCAAUUUCGUUUACAGUACUUCACUCCUGUUUUCGAAUCGUUGACAGUACAUGCAUGCAUUUGUUGGCUAAGAACGGACACAUUCACCGACGGGUACCUGCCAUAACAAUUUCAAUUUGCUUGGUGAUCCGAGAGAGUCGCUCCCUUGAUACGUAAUCAAUCGCUCGUAGUACAACCUAACGUUCGCUGCCACAUGUUAUAAACUCUCAGCGCUUUCUCCCACAACCGCCGAUCAUCAAGCACACCAUUCAUAUUCCGUCCGUUCACUCUUCCUCUUUCCCUAUAUCACCAACAUCCACCAACAUCCACCAACAUCCUCCUCAACCCUUAUCCUUCCAUCCCAUCCCGCCAAGACCUAGCCACAAUGCCCACCUCGAAUAACCGUCCACACCUUCCUCUAUCUAGCAAAGACUCCCAGGAACAGCAACAACAACGCCAGCAACACUUACAACAACUCGUCGCUCGAUUGAGACCUUUUCUCAUCACCUACACACUCGUUCACAUCCCAAAAAUAUUGAAAAUACUCACAGCUGCAGGAUCCGGGAGAGGCAAAAGCGGUGUUUCUGCUUCCUCACGUCUCCGACUCAUCCUUGAGACGUUCCUCAAACCAUCCAGGUCAAAUCUCAAACUAGCCUUAUUCCCUUCCCUCUUCCCUCUUAUCUACCAAUCCAUCUACCCUACCAUCGCCUCUUCCCUGUCCUCUUCCUCUUCAACCGAAACCACGAACGGAGUCAACGGAGUCAACGACAAGGACAAGGACAUCCGGAACUACAACCCUGAAUUCAUUUCAAUCCUUCUCACAUCCCCGGCGGUACUCCUCCUCCCACCAGGUUUACGCACAUAUCUCGCAUUAUACGCCCUUUCCUCUGCGCUUAGUACGUUCCUGAAAUCUGCCAAACCUAAACCUAAAUCCCAGGAACCGUUCGAGAACCAGGUUGAAGGUGAAAAUGUCAAGGCCGCGGAGAAGGAUUGGAGAGACUAUUUACCCCCGGUGACGAUCUUGAAUGCAUUCGGUAACUCAUGGAUGGCAUGGAGUUGGUUCAACGAAAAGGGCGUCUUUCCCAAGAGUUAUGAGAAACUCAUCCUUGAUCACUCCCCGCAUUACGUAGACCCCACAAGGGAUGCCUUUGAAAUUAGGGACUUCCUCGAAAUGACUCAUUACCCCCCUUUGCCACUGCCCUCUUCGUCUUCGUCGUCAACAGGCCACAAUUGGUUGGCGUGUCAAACGCUACACCCCAACGAACCGUCGUGUAUCAAGAACUAUUUGGUCGCGUGGAGGGAUUGUGCGCCCAUCGCGGCGAAAUGGAUUGCUGGCUUUGGAGCGUUGACGACGGGUGUGAAGUUCAGGGGGAGGGUGAUUAAAGAACCAGUGGCUGCGCUUUUGACGUGGUUGGAUUAUCUGGUUCGUGGGACUGCGUAUGUGACCGGGUCCGUACAGACACUUUGGGCGAUGGUUUGUCUCCUACAACGGGUGUUACCUGGUAAUGUCAUACCCAAACAUCGGUGGUUCAUCAAUGGAGCGGUGGCUUCCUUAUGGGUGUACGUCCUCCCAGCGAAACGUCAAUCUGAAAUAUCCAUCUACGUCGCACGAUUGGGCGUGUUAUCCGUUUGGAGAGCAUGGAUAAGACAUUUCAAACGGUGGUAUGUGCCCAAAGGGGAAGUGUUGUUGUUGGCGAUGGGGUGGAGUGGGUUAGUUUGGUUGAGAGGGGAAGGGUGGAAGAUUGAGGGGAUGAUGAGGAGGGGGAUCGAGUUUGUUGAGAGCGGUGCGAGAGCGGACGGGAGAGGGGGUGCAGGUGCUGAUGCCGGUGUGGAGCAGGAAGAGGAGAGCGGAGGUAAAAGGGGAAGGGGAAGUGAGAGGGUGGAUGAAGAGAGGUGGGGGCCGAAGACGGUGACGAGUAGUGCUUCGAUUGCUGAUUCAGGCUUUGGGGAACUUUCUUCGGGCGAUGAGUCCUUUGUGAGGAUUCGGUCGAAUGGGCAUAAUGCAUAGAAAGGGGGGGAAUGGUUUUUUUUCUUUUCUUUUCCCGUAUUCCGUGAUCGUAGUUGCGGUAGAGUGAGAUGGGAUGGAGAGGAAGUGACCUCUUGCUAUAGAGUGGUUGAUGGAUCUUAGACAUGCCAUACAUGAAAAGAAUUGCUCAUUAUUAGAGUUGUCGCUAAUUUCGGUACAUUAAAAUCACGACGAUGGAGGAGUACGUUGUCUCUGGAAGAGAAUGAUGAAAAGACGUCUGCGUAGUUAUUAAUCAUUGUACAUCGGGUGUCC